CUCUCUCUCACACACACACACACUCCCCACUCUUCACUCUAUUUCCCGCUUCUUCUUGAAUUUCAUUUCGCUCACUCACUAAUUUUCGACCCCAUCUCGUUUUUUCUUGGCCCCCCUGUUGUGAGGUUUUUGUGGUGUGCAGCAAAGCUAGAGAGAGAAAGAAGGGGUAGAGAGAGAAAGAAAUGGGUGCGGGGGUCGAGACCUCUUCGAUUGAAGAGGGAGAAGUGAUGGACACGCCGGAGAGGACCAAGAACCACCAGAUCGCGACAUCUGUUACCAAAUUCGAGGACUCGCCCGUAUUUAAUUUUCUCAACAAUCUUUCUCCGAUCAAGCCGGUCAAAUCCGCACACAUCAGCCAAACAAUCAACCCUCUUAGUUUCUCUACAAUUCCGUCCGUUUUCACUUCGCCCCAUGUCACUUCUCUCAAGGAAUCAAGAUUUCUCCGGAGGCAUCAGCUUUCAGAUCCGUCAAAACCCGAGUUUUCUACCGAUAGAAACAAGGCAAUAGUAGACGCGGGUCCAACCAAGAAAUCGGACGAACUGCAGGAAAAUGUCGACACAAGGGAAUCUGACGCUGAUGUGGCGGCUUGUCAUUCGUCGUACGAUUGCUCAAAGUACAUAGUCGAUUUUGCGGAGGGUUACGAUUUCAGCAGCCCAAAUGCCAGCUGUGGUCUUAAAGACAAACACGUAUCGGUUCCGUUUGUGCAAAAUAAUAAUAUGGAGGGGGUAAGCCAGAGCCAGGUCAUCGAUCGAAAUCAAGAAUCGAAAACUUGCGAUUGGGAUAGUUUGAUUUCUGACGCCACCGAUUUAUUGAUUUUCGAAUCGCCGAACGAUGCAGAUACUUACAAGAAAUCGAUGAUUGAUAAUGGGAUGAGUUUCUACACUAGCAUGGAUAGUGACAUGCAGAAUAUGCAGUCUCUUUGCGCGGAAGGGUCCGGGGAGCAAUUUUUGGAGGGAAACGAAACAGAGAACUUGUCGACUCAGCCUGGUGAAGGAAUCGAGAUUAUUGAGAACAACUCGGAGACUCAUGAAAUAGUCGGUGGUUCUUCGAUGGAGGACAAUUCUGAUGAAAAGAUGGAUUACGAGCAUCUUUCCGGUAUGUACCGUGGUAUGAGAAGACGAUGUCUGGUUUUUGAAAUGUCCGGGUCCCGCAGAAAGCACUUGACUCAAAAUGUGGGCCCCGAUUCUUCGUCUUCUUCUUCUUCUGUCUUGAUGCAAUCCGAUGGCAAUAUGGAAUCUUCAUCCAACGGUCAGAAAUUAGCCCCGAUUAAGACAGCAAAUAUCGAAUCUACUACACGUUGCGUGUUACCUGGUAUCGGCUUGCAUUUAAAUGCUCUUGCAUCGACUACCAAAGACUAUAAAAUUGUCGGCCACGAUUCUUCUUCGGCUUCCGGAAGGUUACUGAUUGGACCUAGCUCAUCGGUCAAUUUCAGCCCGUUGACUAUCGAACAAGAUCCGUUGACCAGUGUUUUGCCGGUGACCCCGUCGGAGAGAGAAGUUGUUGGGACUGAAGUUACGGUUUUGCCCCCGGAAGAUGCUUGCGAGGCAUCUGGAUUGAUCGGGAAUGAAGAGAUUGGCCAUAGUAGUCCGAAGAAGAAACGACGUAGGGUAGAACAAGCUGGGGAGGCUGAAGCUUGUAAGCGAUGUAACUGCAAGAAAUCGAAAUGCCUGAAACUUUAUUGUGAAUGCUUUGCUGCUGGUGUGUAUUGCGUGGAGCCAUGUGCGUGUAUAGAUUGCUUCAACAAACCCAUCCACGAAGACACUGUUCUUGCGACUCGUAAACAGAUCGAAUCUCGAAACCCUCUUGCCUUUGCCCCCAAAGUGAUCAAGGGUCCAGAUUCGCUUAUAGAAACUGGGGAUGAUUCCAGCAAGACUCCUGCUUCUGCUCGGCAUAAACGAGGAUGCAACUGCAAGAAAUCUGGUUGUCUGAAGAAAUAUUGCGAAUGCUAUCAGGGUGGUGUUGGGUGCUCAAUUAAUUGCAGAUGUGAAGGGUGCAAGAACGCGUUUGGUCGAAAGGAUGGAUCUGGUGUAAUGUGCAUGGAAACUGAAGUCGAAGACGAUGAAACAGAAACAGCCGAGAAGAAUAUUCCCGACAGAAGCUUCCGGAAGAUCGUAAUCGAAAAUGACCUGGAACACAACUCCGAUUCUUAUGUACUACCCGCGACACCUUUACAGUCUGUAAGGCAAUCGGUGCAACUUCCAUUUUCCUCAAAGAAUAAACCGCCAAGAUCGUCUUUUUUAACCAUAGGUGGCGGUUCGUCUUCGAGUUUUAACGGAAGGCAAGGGUUUGUUAGACCGAGCUUUGCUCUACCACCGCCUAAAUUCGAUGAAAAUAAAAAUCUCGAAACGGUUAUUGAAGAUAAUGAAAUGCCGGAUUUUCUCUCGUCUCCUAUUGGAGGAAUAAAAUCCUCGUCACCCAAUGGGAAGAGGGUUUCACCGCCACACGGCGGUGGUGCAGGUGCGUCGUUGUCCCCUGGUCUGAGGAGCAGCAGAAAAUUGAUUCUUCAGUCUAUACCGUCGUUUCCUUCUCUCUCCUCUAACCAGUGAUAUUCGAUCUCUCCUCUCUUUCGGAUGAGCUUUUUUUUUUUUUUUUUUUAAUUUAAAUUUAAUUUAUGCUUGUAUAAUAGUGUUGUUGGUGUUUACUACAUAAUAAAACUUCUAGUUUUCUUUAAGUGUUAUAUACAUAAUAUUCGAUGUUCAAGAA